GAGACAGUGUGGCCGCCCGGCCCGGGAAGCGGGGUUAUGUCGCGGCGGGAGGAGGAGGAGACCGCCGAGCUGGGCUAUAAGGGGGAGCUGAGCCGGAGGAUUAAAGAACAGAAAGUUGUAGUUGAUGAACUUUCUAAUUUAAAGAAGAACAGGAAAGUUUAUAGGCAGCAACCCAAUAGCAAUAUAUUCUUCCUUGUAGACCGAACAGAAGCACUGUCUCAAUGCAAAAAUACAUUAGAUCAAUUAAAGAAAGCACAUCAAGAGUUGGAAAAUUCAGAGAAGACUAAAGUCAAGAAAUAGUCCUUCUGAAUUCCAAGUCACCAUGUGUGGUAUUUGUUGUGUUGUUGCCUUAUCUAGCCAGCAUACUAUUUGUGAUUACUUCAGUAAGGAUCUGCACUGCUGUCUUAGACGAAGAGGACCAGACAGUAGCCAACAGUUGAUAAAGACUGUGUCUGAGCCAUCCUAUGAGUGUCUUUUUUCUGGCCAUGUGCUUCACCUGAGGGGACUGAUGACUCCUCAGCCACUGGAAGAUGUCAAUAACAAUAUUUUUCUUUGGAAUGGAGAAAUUUUUAAUGGAGUGCAUGUAGGAGAUUCAGAGAAUGACACUGAAGUUAUGUUUCGUCAUCUUGCACUAUGCAGUAGUGAAGCUGACAUUUUAUCACUCUUCUCAUCACUUCGGGGUCCAUGGUCUUUUAUUUAUUAUCAAGCAUCUGGACACAGCUUAUGGUUUGGUAGAGAUUAUUUUGGUCGUCGUAGUUUGCUUUGGCAACUCAGUAAUGUGAGUGAUGGUGCUUUCUGUCUCACAUCUGUAAGUGUGAAUUCAGAGUCUUGUAACCAAUGUCAAGAAGUCCCAGCAUCUGGUAUUUUCAAAAUGGAUCUCAGAGACUGUGCAACGACUAAAUCCUUGUCUUUAACGUUGUUUCCAUGGAAGUACAAGUGCACAGAGAAAAAUGAAGAAGAAAUAUUCAUUGAUGUUCUGGAUCAAGUUUCAAAAGACUUACCAAAUCAUAUCACUGUUGUGAUGAAUGAGUCAAAACUAUGUCUCAGCGCACCAGUAAUCCCCUUAAACAGAACAAUUUCUGAAGCCUCAGUUGAACAUGUGAGCAGUGAUAGUAGCGAGACUAGCAGUGUGGUUUCCUUAGAAACUCUUCAGGGAUAUCUUGCAGUGGAGCACAAGAGAAAAGUAGUCCAUCAGUUCAUUGAUGUUUUAGAUGAAGCAGUAAAGAGACGAGUUCUAUUACUCCGUAGAGGUGAAGAUGAGGGAACAGGACAAGUUCAGGGUGUUUCUCCCAGGAAGGCUCAUGUUGCAGUGCUUUUUUCUGGUGGCGUUGAUUCUAUGGUUAUUGCAGCCCUUGCUGAUCGACAUGUUCCUUUGGAGGAACCAAUUGAUCUUCUCAAUGUAGCUUUCAUGACAAAAGAACAAACUAAGCGAACAGGUACCACUAAAAACUGUAUCAGGCAAGAAAUGCAGCUUGAUUUGCAUCGUGGUGAAGAAAAUCAUAAAGACCUUGAUGCUAAAAUGGGUGAUGACUUAUCUUGCUUUGAUGUUCCUGACAGAAUUACUGGUAGGGCGGGACUGAAAGAACUGGAAGCCCUUAACCCUUCAAGAACCUGGAACUUUGUGGAAAUUAAUGUCACACUCAAGGAAUUGAAAGAGAUGAGACGGCAAUUCAUUAAUCACUUAAUAUAUCCUCUGGAUACAGUUUUGGAUGACAGCAUUGGCUGUGCUAUCUGGUUUGCUUCCAGGGGAGAGGGUUAUAUUAAUAAGCAAGGAGAAAUGAAACCAUAUAAAAGUCCUGCAAAGGUUGUGCUUACAGGAAUUGGAGCAGAUGAACAGCUUGCUGGGUAUUCCCGACAUCGCAUUUGCUUCAGAAAAUGUGGCCCAGAAGGUCUGAAUAAGGAACUUGAAAUGGAGUUAGGUCGCAUUUCUUCUAGAAAUCUUGGUAGAGAUGACAGAAUUAUUGGUGAUCAUGGAAAAGAAGCCAGGUUUCCUUUUAUUGAUGAAGAUGUUGUUUCAUUCCUCAAUUCACUGCCCAUCUCAGAAAAAGCAGACUUGACUUUACCUCGAGGAGUUGGUGAGAAACUGAUUCUGCGCCUUGGAGCCAAGGAACUUGGCCUUGAAGCUGCAAGCAUUUUGCCAAAAAGGGCUGUACAGUUUGGAUCUCGGAUUGCAAAACUGGAGAGCAACAAUGAAAAAGCAUACCACACAUGCAGCAGACUGAAGUUAUUUUAGUAGAUGAAUUACAAAACUACAUCUUAAGAUAUUAUUUAUCUUAUAUGUAAAUUCAGUAAAUCUUUGGGAUUUUUUAAAA